AUGAACCUUGAAAAUUGCCACCGGUUAAGUAUCAAAAACCAAAGAACUUGGUCAAAAUAUGAGAGACUUGGCUACGACCCUAUUGUAUAUGUCAAUGAAUUUGUUACUAGAAUGAAGGUUACAAGCUUGAAAACAUUGUGGAGGAAGAUCAAAAGAGAGAAGAAGAGAAGAAAUUUUAAAUCAUCUUCACCUGCUUUUGUAUAUGAUCCUAGUUCUUACUUACAAAACUUUGAUGAUGGCUACAUGACCGAAGAUCCUGAUAAUUUUUCACGGUCGUUCUCAGCUCGAUUUGCAGCACCGUUUAAGAACUUUGAGAAAAUUAUUAAUGUGAUAUUGGAUGAUGAAGAAAUAUUGGAGCUAAAUGAUGAGAGCUAG